AUUGGCAAGCCAUUGUCUGCGACUACUGGCCUGACCGGUACCAAAACUCCUUACAGGCAAACCUGUUCUCUUUGGAAAGGGGAUAAUACUAUGGACAUUAAGAAAUCGCGAAAUGAUCAGAAUCAAGAGGGGAACAAGUUUUUGAUGAUGGUGACAAGAAAGCUGGCAUUCGAGAAUGAGCAGCUGACGUUGAGGCUGGGACGCUUGAGAUAUGCAUGGAGGGCUUGGUUGGUGUGGCGGCAUGAGUUGCCCGUGCACCGGGGCCUGGAGCUGGUGUUUGUCAAUGCGUGCUUGGUGCGGAGGAUGCGGUCGGCGUUCAAAGGGUGGCACGCAGUCGUUUCAGAGAAUAAGUGGUUCAACCAGUUGUUGAGUCACAGAUUAGACAUUCGUCACCAGAAGGUUAGGAAGACGGUAUGGGUGAAGUGGGUGGUGUUUACGGAGCGAAAGAAGCGGAAGGAGAAGAUGGCUGUGGAAGCCGAGGGUUUUCCCAGGAGGAAGAUAUGCGAGAGAGCUUGGUGGGGAUGGAGAGAGGCAAUGAAGCUGAUGAGAGGGAAGAUUAGGGUUGCCGUCAAGGCCAUUGAGCAUGCCGAGAGGCGGUUGAAGACGAGAGUUCUGGCAGGAUGGAGGGAAGUGGCAUUCAUCAAGAGGACACUGAGGGAGAAGUCAACACUGCUGAGCCAGCGACGAAUGGCGCUCAUGAAAGCAUGGGCCUUUCGGGGUUGGGUAGCAGUGGUGAGGGAGAGGCGAAGCAUUGGUUACAUGAUUAAACGAACCCAGCAUCGGAUCGGCAGAAUCUACGGUUCCCAAGCAUUUCAUAGAUGGGCAAGGUAUGCUUGCAAGAAGACAGCUAUGAGGAAGGCUUCGUUGUCGGUUGUGGCAUGGAGGCAAAACCAGAUGUUGAGGCGGACAUUGAGGGCAUGGGAGCUGAUCACGAGACAGCGGAAGAGGAAGAUUAAGCUUAGCAACAUGCGGAUCGAAUCGUUCAGUAAGAGGGUGCUGCCUUUGGCUUUUGGGAGAUGGAAGGAGCGAACGAGGAGGAUGAAGGCAGCAGGAGCUAUGGCAGCAAGAUGCUGGGUUCGAGAAGCGAGAGAGCUACUGGUAAGAGUGUUUGUGGCAUGGCGAAUGGCUUUGCUGGUGGGUGACAUUCCUGAAGGAUCCAUGCCGUCCGAGUUGGUUUCCUACGGCGAGGAUCUCGUCGAAACUCGAGCGGCACAAUGCCUUCUUGAGAAAAUUGUGGUCCCCCCGUCCUCAAUACCCAGGUGGCUCUGGCCAUCAAGGAGGUCGGUCAUAGACUCAGACACAUCAGGCGCGCAAACGCCUUCAGCUUGGGGAAACCAGUCACAAAGAGCAGGAGGAGGAGGAGGAGGAGGAGGAGGAGGAGGAGGAGGAAGAGGAGGAGGAGAAGAGGAGGGAGGAGGAGAAGAGGAAGGAGGAGGUCGAGGAGGAGGAGGAGAAAGAAGGGGACGAGGAGGAGGAGAAAGAAGGCGGCGUGGAGAUGCAGGCCUACAACAAGAAGACGCAAGUGAGUCUGAAGAAGAGCAAACGGGCCAUGCUUCUGGUUAUGAGGCGCAGGGUGCACAUUCUUGCGAUGAUGGAGGAAGCGAUAGUCAAAGCCCUGAUAAUCCGACUCCCCCCCCUGUAGGGCCUGUACUGCACCCUCUGAAUUCUCAAAGGCGUAGCCAAGACGCAAGACAGAAACAUACUCAGAACCAGAACGUCAUCGCGUCCAAGGAGUGGAAAGCAAUCUUACACCAUGAGGGAAAAUCCAAGUCCCGUGUCUUUGACGCAUGGAAAACAGAAGCUCCAAAGAGGAGACUACUCCGGCGAAAACAUGUGUCGCUGCUUCGUUAUGCCCGAAGAAAACGACUGUAUCAAGGUGAUGUCUUUUUUUUUCCAGCAUCCUACCUAGCAUAGGUUACUAUAUGGGAGGGCGAAUUUAUUCAUUUCAUUCUAAUUAAAAAAAAAAAAAAACUGACAGGCAUCAAUCAAUGAUGACGGCUUCCGCCGCCGAAAACUCCGACUCCGGUUUCAGCCCGUACUAUACAACGUCAAGACUCAAAAGUUCGAAGCGAAUCCGAACGAGUUUUCUAGAGUCUAAAACAGGCUCUGGCGGUCUGCAUCUGCUGAAUGAAAGGUGCAUGGUGCA